AAGAAAAAAAUUCACAGAAAGACGAGAAGUUUACAAAGAAUUAAGAACAGCUCUCAGGAUAGCAAUAUUCUUGUCCAACAUGGACCCUACAGAUGUGUCUAAUAACCAAACUGGAGGCCCAUUUAUCAUUGAUGAGUACAACUUGGCUCUUUGUGCCAUAGUUACUGUGGCAAUGCAAGCAUCUUUCUUCAUUAUAGCAGCAACAUGCAAGUUUGACAAAGUCACAGAUUUUGCUGGAGGAACCAAUUUUGUUGUUCUAGCUUUGCUGUCUUUCUUUCUUGCUCAGACAUACGGUGUACGUCAGAUUGUGGCUACUGUUCUGGUGUUUUUGUGGGGCAUACGCCUAUCAGGGUACCUCUUGUAUAGAAUUAUCAAGAUAGGAGAGGAUAAACGAUUUGAUGAUAAGCGAGAAAACUGCCUCAAGUUUGCCGGCUUCUGGAUUUUUCAGGCUGUAUGGGUCUUCACGGUGAGUCUACCAGUCAUCUUCAUCAAUGCUCAGAAACAUAAUGAGGGAACUUCUUUUGAGGCCCUGGACUAUGUGGGAACGGUCCUGUUUGGUAUCGGUCUACUUAUCGAGACCGUUGCUGACCAACAGAAGUUUAAUUUCCGGAAUGACCCAGCUAAUAAAGGAAAAUGGUGCCAAGCAGGUCUUUGGAGCUGGUCUCGGCAUCCUAACUACUUUGGUGAGAUCAUGUUAUGGUGGGGGAUGUUCAUUAUGAGCUGUAGUGUAUUAACUAAUGUGGAAUGGAUUGCAGUUCUAAGCCCUCUAUUCAUCUCUGCUAUUCUCCUCUUCUUGAGCGGGAUCCCUCUCCUUGAAGAGAGUGCUGAUAGGAGAUAUGGAGAACUGGAUUCCUAUGUGAUCUUCAAGAAAUCAACGAGUCCAUUAAUCUUGUUCUGGCCACGUCUUUAUCAAGUUCUGCCCUCACCUGUGAAGUGUUUGUUCUGUUGUGAGUUCCCUUUCUAUAACAAUAUUGGGAAGAAUCCUCCUGAUGUUGACGGCGCCACUGCAAAUGAGCAGACAGGGAUUGCAAGAGCAUAAGUCAGCUCAAAUCAAGUGAUUUUUUUUAUGUUCAUCUGCUAAGAGUCAUGUUCAUUGGAAAUUAAAAUGCCGAUAAA